AUGCCGAUUGAAUUGGGCAUGCCGCUCUACCUGUCAAACGACGACUUCUGCUACAGGAGGACCCCAAAAUCACUGCAAUCACUACGACCCUGCCUGAAGCCCUGCAUGCGGUUCAAACCCUCUGCCCCUCCUAUGCAGACUGAAGCAGAUUUGCUUAAUGAGAAGAAUGGGAAAUCUAAAAGGCGAGUGUCCUUCGCCGACCACAAGGGCCUGGCCCUCACCAAGGUGAAGUUAUUUUCUCAUUUUGACACUAUUGACAUCCCACUCAACAUCACAAAGCUGUUCAGCUCUUCGCUCACGUUACCAUAUGAGGAGGACAGACUGGUACUGGACUUCACCCAGCCCUCCUCUGAUUACCUGCUGUUCCGCCAGCGUCUGGAGACUGAGCUCGUCUGCCUAGAGCACUGCAUGCUGAAAGAGAAGGCACUGGCUGGAACCGUGAAGGUCAAAAACCUGUCCUUUGAGAAGUCUGUCAAGGUGCGUGUGACCUUUGACACUUGGAAAAGCUACACGGACUUGGAGUGCCAGUACUUGAAGGACACCUACACAGGCUCAGACCGUGACACCUUUUCCUUCGAGGUUUCCCUUCCAGCUGAGCUGAGGCCACACAAGCACAUAGAGUUUGCCAUCUGCUACAAAGUCAAUGGCCAGACAUACUGGGACGGUAACCAGGGCCGAAACUACAGGAUCAUCUGGUCUGCUCUGAAGAUGGACGGCCAGGGCAGCUUCAGCAGUAACCAGCAGAGCCGCUCGUUUGAUCUUGGAAUUCACUUCGAUCUCUACGGAAGUUCCAGGUGCUCCCAUGGGAUGUUCCCAGAGUGGCCAAGUUAUGCAGGAUAUGAGGAUAUUAGACCUUACUACUGA